AUGUACGACAUCAACAAGGCGGUGAGUGUGGAGGUGCGGAGUGCCGAGUUGGGUGUCCUGAGCAGCGAAGAGUUGAGGAGGAUUUCCCUCGGCAAGUACGAGAACGAGUUGUUAGAAUAUGAAAAAAAGCACUCCAGUGGAGUGACCUCUAAAAUAUUUUUUGACCCCAAAUACGGAACCAUAGAUGCGAGACAAAUAUGUAGUGUCUGUUUCGAGAGACAUGAGAAUUGUGUAGGUCAUAUAGGUCACUUGGAGUUUACCUUGCCUUUGUUUAACCCGCUUUUUUAUAAAGACUUGUGUGAGUUGCUUGGCCUAGUUUGUUUGAACUGCUACAAGGUGUGUUGCUCGGAGGAUACCUUUUUUUUGUUAAAGCAUAUUUACCAGUUGAAGGCUCUGAACGAGAUCGAGAGUUCCAACAGGAUCGUUUGUAAGAGGAGCUACGACAAGGAGUACAUCGUGGGCCAGAUUGCACAAUUAUACCGGAGAGUUUGUGAAGCGGAGCAGCAUAACGGCCAUGAUGAGACCAGCGGCAAGAACGGUGUGAAUGAAGCGGGCGAGCCGAACUAUGCCAGUGAGACGGACGAGGGGGAGGGGGCCGAGGUCCAUUUAAAAAAGCUCAAGGAGAAAAUUAAAGAAUUCAACUUCGAUGCGACCAAGCUGGCCUUUGAGUCCAACUACAACUACGAGGAGUACCUGCAACUCACCAAGACCCUCAAAGUAAUAAUGAAAAGGAGUGGGCGUUGCCCGUCCUGCAAGUUCAAGAGAAAUAUAUCAUCUAGGAUGUCACAGAAGAGGGACACCAUUAAUUUCGUGGGAUUGUAUCUUCAGAAUUCGUUUUUAAAAAAGUACAUGCAGGGGGGGAAGAAGCGGGGGAAGGGCGAGGGCCCCGUGGGUGCCGAGGAGGAGCUGGAGGAGAUGGUAGAGAGGGAGGAGGCCGGGGAGUACUUUUACGGAGGCGCCAAUGAGGAGGGCAUGGCUUCUGCUGCCACCCCUGUCCAUGCCGCUGCUGUGGAUGCCGCUAUGGAUGACGGGAGCACGCCGGCGCGGGAGAGCCUCCCUGACAUGGCGCUGAACUAUAAGAAGCGGAACGUGAAGGAGAAGAGCACGGUGCGGCUGUUCAGCUUCCAAGUGAUUGACCUGUUGCAAAAAAUUUUUAAAAAAAACGAUCAGGACAUCUUGAACCUGCUGUACCCAUUCACAAAGAGGGAUGGACACAAAGUGUUUUUCCUCAACGACAUGGGCAUCAGUGCAAACAGAUUCAGAGUGAAAAUGCGAGGGUUCCACAAGAAGUCUAAGAUGAUGAACGUGUUGAGUAAAUUCAACGCUCUGCUUAAAUUGUGUAUCAGUGCGAAGAAGGAAAUUAAUUUUGAGGAGCUCGUUGAAAAAAAUAAAAAAGAACUCCAAUUGUAUAAAGAAAUGUUUUCCCUUUUCUCGAUCCGCAUGAAAUACAAAUUGAAUGUGGACAUCAUGGAUAACGACACUGAAAUUACCAAGGUCGAUUUUUUAAGGAGUUAUGACCUCAUUUUUAGAAACAAGAGUGCUUAUAUAAAUAUUUUAUUUAGUAAUUUGCAGGUGGCCAUGAAUACUUUUUUCGAUGGUACGUUCGCUGCCCACUUGCCUGAUGCAAAAAUGAGCAACCAAGGAUUAAGAGAAGUGCUAGACAAGAAGGAAGGAAUGUUAAGAAAAAAUAUAAUGGGUAAAAGAGUUAACAAUUGUGCUCGUACAGUUAUAUCCCCUGACACUUUUAUUGAAACCAAUCAGAUUGGAGUUCCCUUGGAAUUUGCAAAAAAACUAACUAUGGAUGAGUGCAUUACGGAAAAUAAUUUAGAUUAUGUGAAGCGACUCAUUCUAAAUGGACCCGACAUCUACCCUGGUGCACUAAGUUACCGAGAUGCAAGAGGAAACGUUUUUAAACUCUCCAAGGAGUAUGAAAAAAGGGAACAGUUAGUAAAGCAGUUAGAAAAAAUGGAUUUGAAGAAACAAUCGUCAACACUCGUAUUGCAUAGGCAUGCACGAGAUGGAGACAUUGUUAUUAUGAAUAGACAACCGACCUUACACAAAUUUUCCAUCAUGGCUCAUUUUAUGAAAAUUUUUCAGAGCGAAAAAGUUUUUCGUUUAAAUUAUGUUAAUUGUAGUUCUUAUAAUGCUGAUUUUGAUGGAGAUGAAAUGAAUUUACAUCUGCUGCAAACUGCACAUGCAAGGUCGGAAGCAACUCACCUUAUGAACAGCGAUUUUUUAUUCACAAGUUUUAAAGAUGGAGCUCCAUUGAGGGGACUAGCACAGGAUUUUAUUUUGGGGGGACUCCACUUGACUUCCCUUGAGACGUUCCUCAACUACGAUGAGUAUUGCAACCUGCUGCAGUGUGCCCUCAACUGUUUGCUCUCGAGGAAGGACUGCUUCUUCUUUGAAAAGACGCGCUCCAGGAGGGAAGUCAGUGGUGCACGCGGGGGGGGUAGCAGCAACACCGUGCAGUCAGAAGAGGCCACCCAAGGAGAAAGCUGCGUGCGGGGAGAAAAGUGUGUGCAGCACGAUGACGCGUCUGCUCCGCCGGGGAAGACGCAACAACCCACACAAACCACCUGGAAAAUACGAAACCACAGCUACCUGGACCCAUACGCCGUGGUGCUAAACAGAACCCACUUUACCAUCGUCACGGAGGAGCCCGCCAUUCUCUGCCCGCGCAAACUAUGGACCGGCAAACAGCUAAUCACGAGUAUAUUGAAAACCGUUCUAGAUCGAGUUGCUGUGGAGACAUAUGAUCAGAGGAGGGAUAAUGAAUUCAUGAAAAAUUAUAAAGGGAUUAAUUAUUAUGCUAAGGCUAAGACAGAUCCAUCCCUGUGGUCCUUUGAUCCUAUAAACGAGUGUGAUGUGAUAAUUAGAAACUCCGAGUUACUUCAAGGAGUGCUGGACAAACUUCAUUUUGGAGCUAGCUCAAACAGUUUUGUUCAUCUGUGUUAUGAAUUAUUUGGCCCCAAGACAGCAGCAGUUAUCCUAGACUGCUUUGGUAGGCUCUUCAUUAGCUUCUUACAAUUGCGUGGCACAAGUCUUAGCCUAUACGAUUUUAUUUUGAACAAGGACGCCAGGCAAGAAAAAGUUAAUAUACGAAAGAGGAUCUCCUUCACCGGUUUUUACUUACAAAAUUUAUUUACCCACUCCAUAGCCAAGGCUCUUAAUGUAGAUGUGAACAAGAUGAAUGCUUACAGUAGGAGUAAGUUGAAUUCGUAUAGCGAGAACAACGACCUCUUUGUGAAUAACUUGUAUAAUAUGUACAAGCGCAGGGGUGAUUUUAUGAAUGAUUGCCCUGGGGAGGGUUGCGUACAGAAUAACACGCUGCCCACGGACAAGGGGAACAAGAAACAGAACGGGCACUCGAGUGAGACACACCAAUGUGAGAAGCUGCUUCCGUCUGAGGAACACCUAGAUGUAAAGGAAGAGGCCUACUUUGCCGCCCUGCUCAAUAAAGAAAUACAGAACCUGUUGGCGCAGGGUUCAGGGGGGAAGGAGACCCCCCACUCCUCCUCCUCCUCCUCCCUCGUGCAGCGCGCGAUUGACAGAAUCAUCAACAGGCGCUCUCGUCAUGGAAACCACCACGCCGAAGAAGAGGGUGAAGAGGGUGAAGAAACGGACGACGAAACGGAUGAAGAUGAGGAAGGGGAGAAGCUGAAGGGGGAGGGACCCCUGCCAAACAUCCGCCGCAACACCCUACUGAGGAAACUGUUCCGGUCGUUAAGCGAACCCCGCUUCAUGGUCAGCCCCAACUUUGUAGGGGACAAGGCCACCAAGGUGAUACAAAAGGUCGUUCGUUUUUUGAAGAGAGCCAACUGCAGCAGGAGACUAAAGGUGUACAUCUUAUUUGAGUUGUUUCAAAGUAGAAGUGUGUUGAAGCACUUCCCUGCACUGGCUAGCUGCGUCAACGACCUCUCCCACGACGUGAGCAAUGAGGAAAUCUUGCACCACGUGCUGAGUAGCGUCAAUGUGGACAGAGCUCAGGAGGGAGUGAAGCAAGGGGAGGGGGAAGGAAGUGGGGUGGCUACUGAGGAAAUGCUAAACAAAUUUUUACGCCUGUUGGAGGAUAUGGAAGAUGAUGGGCGAGGGUUUUUUGAAGGGAACAGUACAGAUGAGCAAGAGAAAAAAGGAGAAGACAAGUACUAUGAAAAGCGUGAUGAACCCCCCCUUUUUUGUAUAAACGAACAGGAUGAACAAGUGAUAAAAGAUUGUUUAAAGAAAAGCUUCCCUUCCUUUAUAUUGAACGAGGAGAUAGGAAAUUUAUCGUUCAAUGGAAAAGACCAUUAUUAUGAAGAUUGUGUGAAUAAAAAAGGAACAGAAGAGGACACGAUGUUUCAAUUUUAUAACAUGAAAGAUGUAUUUAACAAAUUAGAAUUUCUUAUUCAUACAUACUUCCUCCAAAUGAGAGGCGAGUUUGACGGAGUAAUCGACUCGCUCUUCCAACCCUACCUAUGUCGUGUGUCUUCAAACACCAACAACCUAAUUUCAAUGAAUAAUUUAAUGAAUAAAUUUUUGAACAAUGGAUUUAGUAACAUGAUAUUUACAGGUGCGAAAGGAAGUAAAGUGAAUUAUGCCAUGAUCUGUGGGAUGCUCGAUCAACAAUACUUAGAAGGGAAGAGAGUCCCUAGGAUGAGGUCCGGGAAAACUUUACCUAGCUUCCACAGAUAUGAUUAUGGUGCUAGAGCAUGUGGGUUAAUAACAGAUUGCUUUUUAGAAGGACUUAGACCACAAGAGUAUUUUUUCCAUUGCAUGUCAGGCAGAGAGGGCCUUAUCGACACAGCAGUGAAGACAGCCAAGUCGGGUUAUAUUCAGAGGUGCUUAAUUAAAUGCAUGGAGUCCGUUAUCCUUCAUUACGAUGGUACCGUGAGAAAUGAAGACAAUUCAAUUAUUCAAUUUUUAUAUGGAGAGGAUGGUAUAGACCCUUCGAGGAUUUCUUACCUGGAUGCACCAAAAGACCUUAUUAACAAUUACCAUGUCUCGUUCAGCAAGUAUCUCCUGCACGAUGCGGUGGACAGGAUGCAGAGGAAUGAGCGUCUCUUUGGCGAUAUGGACCGAUGGAACGGGCUGGAUGGUGAUGGCGGUGGUGACGACCCGCUCGAGACCCAGUUCUCGCCCUACUCCUACAUGGGGGCCACAUCUGAGCGCUUCCGAGAGAAGCUCCACCAUACCAUCACUAAAGAUUUGAAUCUUGCAGACUGUUAUAACUUACCUGAACAGUUUGACACUCAAUCUGCAUCCCUGCUCAAGGCCAAGUACUUCAGAUCGUUGUGUGACCCUGGUGAGUCGAUUGGUAUUUUGGUGGCUCAGUCGUUUGGUGAACCCGCCACGCAAAUGACUCUGAACACAUUUCACUUGGCUGGAACAGAAAACGUUACCAUGGGAAUUCCUCGACUGAAAGAAAUUUUUUUAUCGUCAAAGUUAACCUCUAAGCCAAUGAUAUAUGUACCCAUUAAAAUGGAUCCACAAGGUGGUGGUACCACUACCACUGAUGCAAAUGCGAUGAAGAAUUACAUUAACGAAAUUGCAGAUCAAAUUUUAAGUACCUACAAGAGCAUUUGUCUUAGUGAUGUGAUUUAUGGGGUAGGUGUAGAUCGCAAAUUGAUUCUGCGUGAAGCAGGGGAAAAAGAGGCUCGCAUACACAAUCUGCAAGUGGUUAGCAUGAAGGGGGAAGAACAACAGUACGAUACUUGUGCCGCUUCAGAUGGAGGAGAUGUACAAGCAGCGAAAGUUAUGAACGCAUUACAAAACACACAGCUGAGUUUUGAAGUGGAGAAGGAAUGGAAGUACGAGAUUGUUAUUCAAUUUGAAAACCUAGACCACUUCUGCAAAGUGAAUAAUCAUUUAACUAUACAAAUCAUUUUAAGUAGAGCAGUCAACUGUGUCUUGUGUUCAGUUCUUAAUAAAAUUCAGGAGAGCCUACUCACUUAUAACAUGCGACACGUGCACUCCUUCAACCAUGAACACUACGAUGAGCUGUUUGAAUUCGUUUGCGCCAAGAUGAAAGAGGAGUUUAAUUUUAACGUACAAAAGUUUGAAUAUAAGAAUGACGAGGAUAAAAUUAAUGCUAAAUUAAAAUUGAUGUCUUCGAGAGGAGGACCUACUGGGGCCACAAACGAGGCCGAUGCGGAUGUCGUACGGGAUGAAAAUCAUAUAGGGGAGGAAGACUAUUAUAACAAUGGGGCGGUGGGUGCCUUUGCCAAAGGGGCCAGUGGAGCAGGUGCUUCGAGGAACUAUGAGAAUGAAGGAGAAGAAGAUGUGCUAAGUGACCACAUGGAUGGAAACACGUUUGCACGUGACAGCGACAAUGAUCACCGUCACGAUGAUGGUGAAGGAAAUGACACCGAGGAGGAGGAGGCAGAAGAUGGGUAUGGCGCGCAGGAUGGAGGGCAAAAACACAGCAGCAGUGAAUCGGAGGAGGAGGGGGAUGGAGACCCAGAUUCUCCCUCUGAGGAGGAUAAAGACUACGACGAAAGUGAGAGAAGCGAAGGGGACUUAGAGGAGGAGGAGGAGGCUGCCAUCGAGCAGGAGGAGGCUACCAGUGAGGGGGAGCAGCAUAGCGAGGAGGAGUCGCUCAACGAGGAGGACCCGCUGAAGGAGGAAGCGGAGGACGACGAGUUUGGCCAGGGUUUAGGGACGAGCGACAGAAAGGUGCCCGCGGAAGAGAGUUGCAAGAAGGGCAAGACGAACGGGUCCCCCCUGUCUGAAAGAUCCACAUCGGCGGAGCGGCUGGGGGAAGAACCUUACACAGAGGAGAGUGCGAACCAGUCAGAUGACCACCCAGGAGUAGGAAAUUGCGAUGGAGAAGUACCUUACCGUGAUGAUGAAAAUGAAGACAAGCAAGAAGAUGAAGAGGAGUGGGAAAAACGAAUCGCCAAAGAUUUUGCAAAUCUUCCAUAUGAUUAUAAAAAUAACGUGAAUUUAAAAAACGACCAUGACGAGGAGGAAGACGAUGAAAGAAUGGACAGAGAAUACGGAACAGAAAAAAUGAAAAAUGAAAAUAAAAAAUGGGUAAAAAGUAUAAUUGAAAAAUUGAAGUGUAGCUUAUUAUGCUUCAUAAAGAAUAUAAGUUUUUCCCCAGUGACCUGGAUCUUAAAAUUUGAAAUCGGAUGGAAUGUUAAUUUCUUCCCUCAUCCGAUUGACUUUUUAAGUUACGUCAAGACAGAACUGGCGAAAGAAAUUCUUUUUAAAGUGAAGGAUCUCAACAACCCUAAAGUGCUUAAGGGGAAAGAUAUAACGCACACCGGUGCUGAGUAUGAAUUACAGAUUGAAGGAAAAAAUAUUUUCAAACUUUAUAACAUCAAGGAUAAGUUCAUUGACAAAACUAAAUUGUACUGCAACGACAUUUACACCAUCGUGAAGACGUAUGGAAUUGAGGCCGGCAGACUUUGCAUUACCAAGGAGCUGAAGAAAGUUUUUGAAGCCUACGGAAUUCAGAUUGACUUUCGUCACCUGUCCUUCAUUAGCGAUUUUAUGACCCACACGGGUGACCUGAAAUCGUUCAGCAGACACGGACUGGGAUCCUUCCGCAACGUCUUCCACAAGAUGAGCUUCGAGUGCGCUACGAACUUCCUCACGCAGGGCUGCGUGCACAACUCAGUUGAUUACCUGUCGACCGCCUCCAGCAGUCUCUUCUUUGGCAAGCCCAUCAAGGUUGGCACGAACGUUGCUGACAUCGUGACGCACAUCGAGGGAUCCGCCUGA